AGAAAACAGCAAUAUUUUAGCAGUAUUCCAUAGUUACUCGUCGCAAGAAGUGUGUUUUGAACUUGCCCCGAUAGUCUCGACAACAUUUCAAAUACUUAACGUGUUCGGAAACGUGGUGUAUUAAACAAAUAGUGCCAUAGAGUGUAUUGUACCCCUGGAAUUGUGUGCUGCGCAAAUGGCUACCAUACCAAUUUUCUCUCCCAAUAUUCCCUUUCUGGGACUGAUUCCCGGUGGGCUGAGUACUGGUCGUAUGGUUCGCAUCAAGGGCAUCAUGAACAAUCAUGGGGAACGAUGCCAUAUUCACAUCCAAUCCGGUGCCGCUCUCAGCCCCAGAGAUGACGUCCCGUUGCACAUCAGCAUUCGCCCAAAUGAGCACGCGAUCGUACGCAACUCGAUUCAGAAGCAAGUUGUUGGCGUCGAAGAGCGCUACGGAGGCUGCCCAAUCCGUUACGGCGAAAGCUUCGAUCUCUUGAUACUGGCCGAGUCGGCCCAAUACAAAAUCGCGAUAAAUGGGACCCAUUUCUGCACGUUUCCCUACCGGCUGCCGCUGUACAACGCGCGCUACGUAGCGAUCAGCGGAAGUUGCACUAUUUUCUCGAUUGUCUCCGAGACGGAUCAACCGCAAUCCGUUCCGGUGUAUCCCCCACCGCCACCGAUAGCGCAAUACCCGCAACCAUACGCACCACCGAUCGGCUUUGCGCCAACGGUUCCGCCAUCAACGUCAUUACCGCCGCCACCACCGUACACGCCCUUGCCAACGAACCCGAUCGGUGGCGGAGCUGGCCACUAUCCAGGAGCCGGUAGUUACCCACCGCCACCACCACCACCCCAGCCGGGAUAUCCGCAUCAUCCACCGCCAAGACCCUACACGCCGUCCGUGCCCUUCUCGGUACUGUUCAAAGAAGAAUUGCAGGCAAAGAUUGAGCAAAUAAAGGGAAAAAGAACAGAGUAUUGAAAUAUGGUGCCGCUGCCGGUUUGGCCGGUCUCGGAGGAUACGCAUUAGCAAAGGGAUUGCGCCGUGGCAGUAGCAGCAGCAGCAGCAGUAGUAGUAGCGAUUAAUCGUAGUUUUAAUUAAAGUCAAGCAAAAUUGCACACACAAACUGAUAUCAUAUCGCACACGCAAACUGCACUUUUGAAACGUAUUCGUUAAAAUGCACUGUCAUAGUGAGUUUAACAUUACAGAUAUUGGAUUGUUGCUCAUCGUAGUUAGAAAUAAACCAACAAAAAAAUAGAAAGAUA